CGUCCAUCUUUCUCUAUUGAAAGUCUAAGAAGAAACACAGCAGACUCAAAGAUGGACAAUCUCUUGCCAAAGGAGUUAAAGGCCCAGCAGGAGCCUAUGCUAACCUGUGAGCUGUGUGGCAGGGUGGAUUUUGCCUACAUCUUCAAAAGGUCUAAGAGGUUCUGCUCCACAGUAUGUGCCAAACGUUACAACGUGGGAUGCACAAAGAGAGUGGGUCUCUUCCCAAACCGCAAAACCACCCUGGAGAACAUGAAGAAACAAAGAGCACAGAACGGACAACACAAUAACUCCAGUUUAGAAUCUCAAAAGAAGAAGCCUGCUGCUGCUGCUCUGUCCACUGGUCACUCUGUCCACCCUGCACCAGGAGAGUCCAGCCAAUGUUCAGACUUGUCUGGCUACAAAAAAACACCACCUCCCCUGUCAGCCACCCAGCGGGUGCCUGCGGUGCAGGGCUCUGAGCUGCCCCUGUUGCCACACAGCUUCCUGCCCAGUGAUCCCGGCCAGUGGAACAUUGAGGAAGUCUACGAGUUCAUCUCCACUCUACCAGGUUGUCUGGAGAUUGCUGAGGAGUUCCGCUCUCAGGAGAUCGAUGGACAGGCCCUGCUGCUGCUGAAGGAGGAUCAUCUCAUGGCAACCAUGAACAUCAAACUGGGCCCUGCACUCAAGAUCUUUGCAGAGAUCAGCAUGCUCAAAGACUCAUAGCCCAGCCCACUACACACACACACACACACACACUUCUCUAAGGCAGAGUGAAACUUGUUUGUUGGGUUGUCUUGUCAAAGCCUGCUGAACACAAGGUCACCAGGUUGAACUGUUGGACUGACCUUUUAAACUGAUGACUUCACCCUGGCACUACAUCAAGUAAACUUCACUAAACUGUGACAAGAACAGGGUUUCACUGAGUACAUGAUUUUGUUUUCAUAAGAUAUUCCUGUGCCUUGUGUUCCUGCUGGAGACAUUUAAGGUUAGCAGGUGAUUUGUUCUGGUAUUUUCCACAGAUGCACAGCUGCGGUCUCUUUGAACUCUGGACAGCUCAGUCACUGAGUUGCUCAUAAAAACUGACUAUAGGGAUAUUAUUGAAAAUACAGACUCACUGAUUAAAUCUUGUUAGCUCCUUUAAAGGUACAGUGUGUAGAAUUUGGUGAUAUCUAGUGUUGCAUGUUGCAGCUGGACACCCCUCACCUCACC